AUGAGUAGACAGAAGCCAACUCUCGUCAUCAAGUUUGGAGGAAAGGUUUUGAGAAAAGUUCCAUGGGAAGACUGGUCGACUGAUUCGCGUUCAAAGACCGCAUCUGCUCCCCGCAAGGUUUCUUGGACAAAAAAUUUCUUCAAGCUCAAGAAAACACUUGCUACGUCAGGAAGAAUGAGUGGAAAGAAGCCAACUCUCGUCAUCAAGUUUGGAGGAAAGGUUUUGAGAAAAGUGCCAUGGGAGGACUGGUCGACUGAUUCGCGUUCAAAGCCGGCAUCGAAUCCCCGGAAAGUUUCAUGGACUAAAAAUUUCUUCAAGCUCGAGAAAAUAAAGAAAACCAAUUGCUUCAAUCUCGCCACUUCACCAUUGUCGUCUUCAUCUCCUUCGGCUUUAUCUUCUUCUGCUGGAUCUUCUCCAUCUCGCACACCAACUCCAGAGAAAACUAUGAAAAAAAAGAACACCGAUCGUGUGAAUCUUCCUACUUCACCAUCGCCGUCUUCACCUUCUUCGAAUGUAUCUUCUGCAUCUCGUACACCAUCUCCAGAGAAGACUAUGAAAAAAGCUCAUGACGUUCACUUUCCUGAGUUUCUAAAACCGUUCCUGAGCGUUUCUGAAUCCACCGAGCAAGAAAAAGCUCCUGUGGUGAAGAUCAAGAGGACCUACCCUCGGGUCUACAACCUUCCACCGUACCUCCAAAAACCGAACCAGAAGUACAACUUCAGCAUUUUUAGUGAGGAGGAGAAGAAAAGAAGACGCGAAGAGCGCCAGAAGGCAAAUGAGGAGAAAAUGAAACAAUUGAAAAUGGAAGAGGAGAGAAGAGAAGCCGAAAAAAAGGAGGCGGAAAGAAUGAAAAUGCAAAAAAUGGAGGCAGAGCGUCAAGCCAAAAAGAAGGAAGGAAUGCAUCUUCUCCUGGGAAAAGAAGUCCCAGGAAUUGACUACGACGAUCUUUGUCACAAAAUUGAUAGUCGUUAUUCCGAAUGGGAGGCCGACCGGCAAUACGAAAGAGAGCUCUAUGAAAGAGAGAAGGCAGAAGAGAAACGAAGGACCAUCCUACAGUAUGAAGCUGAUUGCUAUGGCCCGACAGUGGCCAAUCAUCUCAGAAAUUUGAAAACAUUUGAUGAGAUGCAGGCCAGGAAAAAAGAGGAAGAGGAACGCAAAAAAAAUGAAGGAGAGGAAUGGAAGAUGAAGAAAGAAGAGGAAAGAAAACAGAGAGUGGCGGAAGCGAAUCGCAGGUGGAACAUGGCAAGUCCCUCGGCUGAUCACGACAAAAUGUCAGAUUCAACUAACAGCAACUACCUUCUCGUCGUUGAGUCAUGCUCGCUGAAAAUUAUCAAGAGAGAGGACAUGUCGAAUCAGUACCAAGAGAUUCAUCCGAUCACAGAUGAGGAAUAUCAAAAAACCGGAAAACCGAUUCCUACAAACAAAUACAACGAAGAGACAGACAUAUGGUGUCCACAUUGCUCCAAAUACUAUUGGAAGUUUUGCCGCAGGCACCCACUUUACCUCGUUCCAAAUGGCUCCAUUGAAGACGGACCCGAAGACGAAUCAAGAGCAAUGCGAUCUGUCCCGCAGGAAUUCGUUGAGGUGGCAACAUCGUCCCUCAAAGGAGCAGGAAAAGGAGUUUUUGCCCGCAAACUCCUUCCGAAAGGAUACAUGUUUGGGCCAUAUGAAGGGGAAAGAGUGGAGGACAGCAGCCAGAUGAAAACUCCAGGUUAUUCUUAUGAAUUGGACGGCAAAGACGGACCAUAUUUGAUCGAUGCGUCCGACGAGAACGCGUCAAAUUGGCUCAGAUACGUCAAUGCUCCCAAUAAAAAGGAACAUCAGAAUCUUUACGCCGUGCAAUACAACCACCAAAUUUAUUAUAUUGUCACAAAGGCGAUUUUCAUUGGCGAAGAACUAUUGGUUCCCUACGGACCGAAAUAUUGGAGAGGAAAGUGA